AUUGGCAGGAAAGAAAAAGUAUGAAAAAUGGAUUCCUUUCAUAUUGCUUGAACCAAUUUUCUGCGCUCGAAUACGCGAUCGAGUAUUUUACUAAAACCAACCACAUGGAGAGUAUUUCUUACUAGUUACCUUACACAUACUCCACUUUGAAAACUUUGCAGAAAUUCUACAAACGUACGUCCAAUAUGGCAAUGAAAAGGAAGCGCGUUUUCCAUAAGUCUCAGGCAACGGCACCAUUAGACGAUGAAACAAAUCAGCGAUGCGCAUUUCCAGAAAUAAUUGAGAAUCAAGUUGAUUCACAAGACAUUGGAAUUCCUCUCGAUGGUUUAGACUAUCUUGCCGCCGUAAGAAAAGAAGCUCAGUCUCUGAAUUCCUUUAAAAGUGCAGGCAUAAAAUUGGAGAAACCAGAGUCCAUACCGCAUAAGCCUUUGUACACAGAUCCAACACACUCUGUUUGCUCUCAAGAACCUCUACUGAAGGAUCUCUAUCACAUUGUGGAGGAAAAAAACAAAAAAUUAACUACUUACCCUUUGGAUUUGUUGUUAGACAAUUCCACAUUACCUUCUACUCUACAGCAAUGGAGGCAUACUAUAGCUAACAAGAUCCCUUCGUGGCCUAUUAUAGCGAGCACCGACUUAGCUACUAUUCUGGAUAUUUUUGAGAACUGUGCUUAUUGGUUGGAAAAUGAUUCUCUUGAUGUACAGUCUCAAUGGUUAUUUUGUUUUUGUUGUAAACUUCCGGAUAUUUUGAACGGUGAAGAUAUAUCCACAUUGAGGUCUGCUUUACGAUCAUUACGAAGUACACAUACUACCUUCCCGUCCAUUCAAACAUCAGCAUCUACUUUGAACGCUGUUUUGGUAUUUCGUUAUGGUCAGAAUGAUCUGCUAUAGUUUUUCCUCCCUGCCAUUAUUGCUGAAGGAGUCGAUAACAAAACCAUAUGUAACGUUUAGUAUAUUAUAGAUCGUAACUUUAAUUAUUAGUUAGUCUUUUAGUCGCACUUAAUCACGUUUUAUUACUAUGGGUUUAUUUUUUUAUGGAAUCAUUUAACCUUUUUGUCCAGCAUAGGCGAUUUUUCAAAUAAAAAUCAAAGGA